AUGUCAAAAAAAGUCAACAAGAUCUUCGCUUUGGUCGAUGUUGCCAGACACACAUCACCUGCAUCUUUAUGGAUCACCUACCGCGGAGGAGUAUACGAUAUCACUCAUUUCCUUCCUGAUCAUCCUGGUGGGGAUGACGUCGUCUUAAAAUACGCUGGGACGGACGUAGGUGGUGUGAUGAGUGAUCCGGGUGAACAUGUUCAUUCGAGGAGCGCUUAUGAGAUGUUGGAAGAAUACAAGAUUGGGGAAUUAGGAGGUGACGAGAAGAUUGUCAGCGAGGAUUGGGUACCAGACGAAAAUUAUCAUCCAGACGAAACCGAUACGUUAAGCGAUUACAAUCGUAAUAAAUUCAUAGACCUUUCUCAACCUCUCUUGAGACAAGUAUGGCUUGCACCUUGGACCAAAGAAUAUUACCUCAGUCAAGUUCAUAAUCCUCGUCAUUUGAAAGAAAGUGCUAGAAUGUUUGAGUGGGGUUUUUUAGAGGGUUUUACAAGAACUCAGUGGUGGGUCGUGCCAAUGAUAUGGGGACCUAUUACCAUGUUUUUGUUCUAUCUAUCUACUUUGCAGUUUACCGAUUCCUCCGUGACCGCAUCUCAACUACUCACUUACCCUCUACCCUCCCUGCCCCUCCCAUCCUCCCUAGCCAUCCCCAAAACUCUCAUUUGUUUCUUCAUCGGUAAUGUCAUAUGGACCCUUCUCGAAUACACCCUUCACCGGUUCUUAUUCCACAUCGAUUAUUACCUACCCGAUACGAACUGGGCCAUCACUCUUCACUUCCUUCUCCAUGGAGUACAUCAUUACCUACCUAUGGACAGACUUCGACUAGUCAUGCCACCUUUACUAUUCUUCACCCUAGAAACUCCAUUCACAAAACUUGCUCAUGUUUUAUUCCCUAAAGCAAUGGCAAACGGUAUAAUCAGUGGGAGUUUCACUUUUUACAUUCUCUACGAUUGUAUGCACUAUGCUUUACAUCAUACAAAGUUACCUCAAUAUUUGGCCGAGAUGAAGAGAUAUCAUUUGGCUCAUCAUUACAAAAACUUUGAAUUGGGGUUCGGGGUGACUUCGAAAGUGUGGGAUGUGGUUUUCGGUACGACAUUACCUAUUUCCACAAAGUGAUGAGAAGUGAAGAUUUUCUGUGUAAUCGUGUUAAUGAUUGAAUAUCGCCAGGAGCGAU